AUGUCGGAAGCUAAGGUGGUUGAGGAAAGAAAAGCUGAGGACGGCGACACAACCUUUUCUGAUGAGGAGAACGAUGGAGAUGAUGAACUUAUGGAGUUGGAUGGUCGGUCAAAAAGGAAAGAACGCAAGAAGAAGUAUUGGGAGGCCAAGAAGCAAAAAAAGAAUAAAGGAAAGACUGAAGAUACCCUCCGAGAAAACUUCCCGAACCAUGAACAGAUAAGAUUUGGCGAUGUAGUGCAAGCUCCACCAAAGUUAGCUGUUGUUCCAAAGGCACGAAAGUCUACUAUGAGUGCUUCGCAGGAGAGGCAGCGUUUAGAGGCCAUUGAAGCUUACAGAUCUCGCAAGGGAUGGGCCUCAAGACCAGGUUCUCAGAUUCCCACCGUGAUCAUGCAAUAA